AUGAAGGCCGCAACCAUUUCCUUCCUUUGCCUUGCCGCUACCGGUGCCCUCGCUGUGCCUACCAAGCGUACUGGCCAACCUGUCACCAUCACUGGUCUUAAGGCCACUUAUUCGGACCAGCAGGGCUCCGUUCAGUUCUCUAUAUGGGAUCCAAACUACUCCGACAGCACCAGCGUAAGCCUGAAUUGGGAUCGCCCCGGACAGCCACCCGCCGACAGCUGGUCAGCCGAUCACAACUAUGUUGUUGAGUUCCCCAACGGUGUUAACUAUGAGGAGCCGAAGUGGUUGAGCUUUGUUAUCAAGCGUACUGGGGGUGCAGAAGAAAUUGAUGUGGCUUUGGGUUCUAAUGCUGAUGCUUCCCAGUGGGGAUGUCUUAAGGAAGAUGGAACGCAGGUUUGUAAUUUUACUGGUGAGCUAAUCGUCACCCCUUACUAUCCUUAG